AUGUAUGGAACCUCUUAUCUGUUGUCCGGAGAGCAUUACAGAGGUCGAACAGAGGACAAAGACCCGAGGAAAGGAGGCGGUUUCUUCUACUUCGGGAGUCCUCCCCUAAUCCUCAUUAGAGAGAACCGGCGGGCAGUUCCUCCGAAACCUGUCUCCUCGGACCCGGCUUGGGAAUUCCUCUGGGAGCCGAGAGCGGGAAUAAAGGAACCCGAUAUCCUUUAUCCUCUGCCCUACGAUGAUGUUGAUGUCGAAGAGGACGUCGACAGCUCAGCAAAGCGAUGGGGUUACGCAAGACUUACAAGAGCGCUGACUUGUGAAGAUAUUACCUGGGCCAAGAAGAACGCUGAGUUGGGCACCUAG